AUGUCAUUGCUUCAGUCGUGGGAAAUUGUGAAGCUUGUGAGGGAAAGGGAAGACGAUUCGUCACUGGAUACAGGAUUCAAGAUGUCAUCUGAGAGUCCUUUGAAUGCUGAAAUGUCGAAGAAGAUCUCAUUUUUAGGUUUGACGGAUGUGAGACUUUGGGUAUUGGUUUGUCUGGUAAUUGGCGCAUUCGUAGUUUUGCUUCUCUGCAUCUUGUCUCUAUGGAUUGUAUUCCGUCGAAAAUCUCGGAGACCGUCUCACAAGUUGUUACCCUUCAGUCAGAUACCACGCGUGGCGAAAGAUAUCAGCGUUGAUGAUAGAGUUGGGUUUCAAAGCCACAAUGGAAGUUUAAGUAUCACAGUUGCUGAUAAAUCGAGUGAUAGAAACUCGGGGAAGAUGAUGUCUUACUUGGGAAGAACGAAGUCUAGUGACAAUGAUAGUAUAAGCCAGUGUAGCUCUGUGCAUCAUCAUGAGAGAGCUUGCAGUUCUCACUCCGGUGAAGAAGGAAGCUUUGGAACCGCAUGGAGACAAUCUUCGCUAACGCAGGGCGGGCUUGUAACAGCAUCUCCUUUGGUUGGUUUGCCAGAGAUAUCUCAUCUUGGCUGGGGACACUGGUUUACUCUUAGGGAUCUUCAGCUAGCCACCAAUCGUUUUGCUGCAGAAAACAUAAUCGGGGAAGGCGGUUAUGGAGUAGUUUAUAAAGGUAGACUCAUCAACGGUAACGAUGUUGCUGUGAAGAAGCUUCUCAACAAUCUGGGACAGGCUGAGAAGGAAUUCCGGGUUGAAGUUGAGGCUAUUGGUCAUGUACGGCACAAGAAUCUUGUACGGCUUCUAGGAUAUUGCAUAGAGGGUGUUCAUCGGAUGCUUGUUUAUGAGUAUGUGAAUAGUGGUAACUUAGAACAAUGGCUACAUGGAGACAUGGGAAAACAUAGCAUUCUCACUUGGGAGGCACGCAUGAAGAUCCUUAUCGGUACUGCGCAAGCGUAUGUAGCACCCGAAUAUGCUAAUACAGGUCUAUUAAACGAGAAGAGUGACAUCUAUAGCUUUGGUGUCCUGCUUCUAGAGGCUAUAACUGGAAGAGAUCCAGUUGAUUAUGAACGUCCAGCUAAUGAGGUGAAUCUGGUUGAGUGGCUAAAGAUGAUGGUCGGAACAAGAAGAGCUGAAGAGGUUGUUGAUCAAAAGAUUGAACCCAAACCGGCUACACGUGCUCUGAAACGUGCACUUCUUGUUGCCCUGAGAUGUGUAGAUCCCGAAUCAGAAAAACGACCCAAAAUGAGCCAGGUUGUGCGGAUGCUUGAAUCCGAUGACCACCCUUUUCGCGAGGAGCGGAGGAACAGAAGGAGUAGAACAGCGAGUAUGGAGAUUGUCGAGGCCACAGAUGAAUCAACUGACACAAGCAAACGGCCUGGUCCCUCGGAGAACCACACUACAAAACCUGAGAAGACUCAUGAAUAG